GUUGUUUUUUUCUCUCUUUUUGUCCUCAGCAGUCUUACACUGCUGCAUUUUAUUAUUUUAGUUAAGGGUUGGAUUUUGGUAGUCUUGAUUUGUGGGUUUUACUUAUUUGUUUUUUUUUAGGGAGAUUAAGUUUAGGCAGUCCUUAGCAGGGAGAUGCUGACUCAGACGGUCGACAUGGCUGGGUCAGCAGUCUCCCUAACUUAUUUUAUGAUUGGCCAAGGAGCAAAUUCCCUUUGUUUUGUCUUCAUUUCAACCAGCACACUAAUUAUUUCGUCUUUGGUCUUUCAUUUCAGGACACAGGAUUUACUUUAUUUAAUAAACUGAUUUCCUUUUACUCUAAUUGGUGUCCAAUUGUCAUUAGUGUCCCUUUUUGUAUUUCCCCCCCUAGACCCGAGCCAUGUCUACCUAUAGGGGACACAACAACAACAAUGCAAAUGAAGAAAGUUUUUCCUUUUUUUAAGCAUUUAAAGAUUACAUUUCCUCCAAAGUUCGGUGAUGUUUGUUCACAGCAGUUACUGUACGGUAAAGAAUGCUUGCCAACACAUUAAAUUGCAGCAUAAAUUAAAGCCUGUGGUGUUUUCCCGAUGAAAAACAUGCUCUCCGAGCAGGAGAAGUUAGCGUUGAUAAAAUAAACCCUGAAGCAAAAUAUCUGCAGGUUUUUUUUUUAAUGAUUCAACUCCGCGGACUGGCCUCCAGCUAAAAGCUAUGACUUAUGGCUCUCAUGAAAAUCUCUUAAAACCUUCAUCAUCAGGUGGUAACGAGGCUGUUAUCAUUUAGGAGAUACUUUGUUUAGCCGAAUGUGUUUAGCCCGCUCUCUUCCCUUGUUUAUUACAGCUAAAGGCAGCUGGUGGCUGCCAAUUACUGCAGCCUCUAGUGCAGGACAUUUAUGUGGCCCCCGCCGCCACCCAUCAUGCAUCCCACGCUUUGUAGCGCAUCAGAAAAGCCCUGCAGUGAAUUUGCAGAGACCGGGCCCGUUUGAAAAGCUUCACUCAAGACACACUAGAGCAUGAAGUGAAGUUAAACUCCUGAGGAAGUGUCUCAGAUGUAUUGACUCGUUAACUCGAGUAAGUGAGGAGACAUGCUCAAACUUCAAGGGUCUAUAGAUGUGCUUUGUUUCCUCAUUAUGGGAAAAACUGCUCGAUUUUUACACCAGAAUUUAACAUGAUGGCAAUUCUUAUUGACUUUUUCCACUUUCUUGUUGGUAAAAAACCAUGAAGAGUUUUGACAAAAUACAUUUGCUGCAGUUUUGUAUCCUUGACUUGAAUGUGUUGGUUUGUUGUCUGUGUUUUAUCUUCCUGGAUGGCUGAGCUGUUCCAUGCUUUAUAAACUGAUUGAAAAGAAGGAUAUUUAAUGUGUUUUGUUUUCAAAGUACAUUAUUUUUCUAUUUUUUGUCUGCUUUGUGUAUGAAGUGGUAACACUGUUAACUUCCUGUUGUAACUUCUCGCGAGACUCUGUUCUAUCGCGAGAUCUCGGCACUUUCGUUUUGGGCGCGCUCUGCCCUGUGAUGGCAUGUGAUGAGCGGGAGAGAAAUAAAGAAGUGCAAAGGAAACGAACGUCGUGUUUGUUGGAUUUUUCAUGGUAGCAGAGGAUGGUUUCCAACUAUAAAAUACCGCCGAAGUUGGAUGAAACAAGAUCAUACGAAGGCUGGACAAAUGAAGUCGCGAUGUGGAGAUUGGUUACGGACUUGGAUAAAAAGAAACAGGCGCUCGCCGUGGCGCUCGGGCUCGAAGGACGAGCCAGAGAAACGGCUUUGGAAAUAUCCGCGGAUGAUCUGAACAAAGAUAACGGUAUGGAAACUUUACUUGGAAAACUGGACUCGAUAUUUUUAAGGGAGGAAAAAGACCGAGCUUAUGAAGCAUAUUCCCACUUUGAUUCAAUAUCUAAAGAAAAUGUGAUGUCCAUGGCGGAUUACAUUAUAGAGUUUGAACAAAGAUACAAUCGGAUGAAACACUACGACAUGACUCUGCCGGAUGCCGUUUUGGCGUUUAAACUACUUGACACAGCCUGUCUUGAUGAGAACAGCAGGCAACUCGCUCUCACAGCGUGUGCAGAUUUAACAUUUGCAUCCAUGAAGUCCGCAUUAAAACGGAUUUUUGGAGGGAAAAGUACAGAAGCAAGUAAAAGCAGUGAUACACAAGAUGGAGUGUUUUUCACUAAUCAAAGAGCAGCAGGCAGAUUUAAGGGGAGCAGCAUUUCAUCACAGACCAGACAGCGGCAGCCGCAGCAAGGUACAAAUCCAGUUGAUAAACAUGGAAGAAGAACUAGAUGUGCCAUCUGCCAGAGCACCUACCAUUGGGCUAAAGAUUGUCCUCAUCGGAGAAAUGAUGUGAAAUUGACAGAAGAUGAAGAUGUGGAAGAAUGCAACAUUACAUUAUUCACUGAAGCAGCUAUGACGGAAUCAGAGAUUUUUCUAACUGAAUCACAAGGAUCAGCGAUCAUUGACACUGCAUGCACACGUACUGUUUGUGGUGAAAAAUGGUUGGAAAGUUACAUUAAAGACCUGAACCGGAGCCAAAUACACAAAAUGAUGCAAACAGAAUCUCAAAGUUGCAGACCCUUUAGGUUUGGAGAUGGCCAAGUUGUGUAUUCAAACAGAAAGGUAAAGCUCCCCGCAAAAAUUGGGCAAACAAAAUGCCACAUUGAAAGUGAAGUUGUGCCAGCUGAUAUUCCGUUGCUGCUGAGUAAAAUGUCUCUAAAGAGAGCAGGAACUGUUUUGGACAUGGAGAAUGACAGAGUUGUCAUGUUUAAGGAACAAAUACCCCUUGAGCUCACCAGUUCGGGACAUUAUUGUGUGGACAUCAGAGAUGAAACUGCAGAAGUGACCUAUAGUGAAGCUGAAAGUGAAGUUCUUGUUGUUACAGCAGAGAUGUCUCCAAAAGAGAAACAAAAAAUACUUCUGAAGCUUCACAAACAGUUUGGCCAUGCUUCUGCAGACAGGCUGCAGAGACUCAUUCAAAGCUCUGGAAAUAAUGACAAAGAUUGCCUGUCCAUUUUGCAGCAGAUCAUUCACGAGUGUGAGAUUUGUCAGAAACAUCAAAGGAGUAAACCCAAACCUGCUGUUGGUUUACCCAUGGCAUCAGAAUACAACGAGACCGUAGCAAUGGAUCUGCAUGAGCUGGAGCCAGGCGUUUGGUAUCUCCACAUCAUUGAUCACUUCACACGCUUCAGUGCAGGAAACAUCGUGAGAUCCAAGAAACCUUCAGAGAUCAUCAAUUCCUUCAUUCACUCAUGGAUAAGUGUUCAUGGUGCCCCGAAGCGGAUUUACACAGACAAUGGUGGAGAGUUCAACAAUGAGGAAGUCAGAAACAUGGCAGAAAGCUUCAACAUUGAAACAAAGACUACAGCGGGAUACAGUCCCUGGAGCAACGGGUUACUGGAGAGACACAACAUGACAUUAACUGAGAUUCUUCUGAAAGUAAGAAAAGAAAAUGGAUGUAGUUGGCAAACUGCUCUUGACUGGGCUCUUAUGGCAAAAAAUAGUAUGAUCAAUGUGCAUGGUUAUAGCCCACAUCAACUUGUGUUUGGUCAAAAUCCCAAUCUCCCUUCUGUUUUGGUUGAUAAACCACCUGCUCUCCAGGAUGUUUCCACGAAUACAAGAGUAGGGCAACACUUAGCAGUAUUACAUGCUUCCAGGAAAGCUUUCACUGAGGUAGAAUGCUCAGAAAGAAUAAGAAGGGCACUACGCAAACAGAUCAGACCCACUGAUGAGAAGUACGAGACAGGAGACAGAGUGUAUUAUAAACGAACAGACAGUAUUGAAUGGAAAGGUCCUGCUGUAGUCAUUGGUCAGGAUGGGGCUGUCGUGUUUAUAAGACAUGGUGGAAUUCUUGUCAGAGCUCAUCAGUCCAGGCUGAGAAAAGUUAAUGCACAGGAUGAAAAUCAACCAGAACAGCUCAGUGUUCCCGUUAAUGGGAAAGAAAAUGAAAGCACAGAAAAAGAUGUGACAGAAAACUCAGAAGAUGAAUCAGAUGUACAUGAAAACAUAGAAACAGACGAGACAGAAAACUUCAUGGAAAAUAAUGAUAAUACAGGCUCAGAGAAGGAUGCAACAACUGCUGCAUCUCCAACUGAAGUGAAACUGAAGACAGGUCAGAUCAUCACAUUCACAAACAGAGGUGAUGGCGUUCAGCACACAGCCAGGGUUUUAGGCAGAGCAGGGAAAGCCAAGGGACAGUACAAAAACUGGUACAAUGUGCAACAUCUUGAACCUGAUGGCAGUGAGGGACACACACAGGCGUUAGAUAUGUCUCAGUUUGACAAUCUCCACGCUGAACAUGAAAACACAGAUUCUGAUGUACUGAUCACCAAAGAUGUUUCUUUUGAUGCUGCUAAAAAGCAAGAGUUUGAAAACUGGCGAAACAAUGGUGUUUAUGAAGAGGUUCCAGAUGAUGGUCAAAAAUGCAUCUCCACUAGAUGGGUGUGUACACUGAAAGAAACUACAAAUGGUAUUGUUCCCAAAGCUCGCCUUGUGGCCAGAGGUUUUGAAGAAUCAAACAUUCAUGAGUUACAAAAGGUGCUUCACCACUGUCUCUUCUGAAAGCACUAGAUGAGGGCCGAUGGGUACGUUAAGGGUUAUUUGCACCAUGUACUUUAUGUAUGCAACUGUUUAUUGUUUAAUGUUCAAAUGAGGACAACUUAAAUUUAACGUUUCUUAAGUGUUGUCUAAAUAUAAUUUUUUUUUAAAGUAAGAUGGAGAUUGUUAACUUCCUGUUGUAACUUCUCGCGAGACUCUGUUCUAUCGCGAGAUCUCGGCACUUUCGUUUUGGGCGCGCUCUGCCCUGUGAUGGCAUGUGAUGAGCGGGAGAGAAAUAAAGAAGUGCAAAGGAAACGAA